ACGUGUGCUCUUCCGAUCUAAGGUCAAAAGUAAUUUGUCAGCCAAAGAUAGAUUCAAAAGAGCAAUUCAUCUUGUACAAGAUAUUAACAGGAUGCUUAAAAAUAAAAAUUCAACCAACUAUGGUGACGAUAACGACUAUGAAUUAAUCAAUGAAAAAGAAAUUGCCGCAGAUCUUCUACGACAAGAUCAAAAACAAAGUGGUGAAAAAAAAAUAAGGGAGCAAAUUAACAAUCAUUUUGAAAGUCUUGUAAUAGAAAACAAAAUCACUUUGGUUAACUAA